UUUAGUGCCCUAGUCACGAUUACAUCUAGAGUGUCCUUUCUGAUUCUAUCUAUUCUGUGAUACCGCCUCGGCCGCCGCCCACAACUGCGUCUUGCGGCCCUCCGUCUUUGAUGUGGGUACCAAUUUUUAACAAGACGUGUCCGACCUAUACCAAUUAUUUAUUUCGACCGUUUGCUUUGCCGAGCCAAGCCGGAAUCGUCCGUCCGCAAUCCGAAACGCGUUUUUCUGCUUCCCCUGCGCACCUGUCCGCGUUGCUAGUCGUACCUUUACCGUUCAGACCGUUCCCCGGUACGUCUGACGCCUUUUGACGGUACCGCUUACCGUCGCAUUCUUUAUUCUUCGUCGUCGCCGGAUCUGGUGGACAUACAAACAUGACGUACAACGACUCUACCAUGGUGCGCAAGUCGUGCAUUGCUAAGAAAUGUCUGUGUACUUUUAAGGAAAACCGCAACUAUAGUGGACUGUCAUUGAGCAGCAAUAGAUUGCCAGGCCGUAGCUGGAAUUCGUAUUUUGGGUAUCAAAAUGGAAAACAGGAAGAUACAUUGAUGCGCAGUGAUUGGGAUAGUAGUAACCACCACACACCUAGUCCAUCUAGUGUAUUGUUUGUUGUCAAAACAGUGGUAAGCAAAUCAGCAACUAUAAACAAUGAAGCGCCUACUUGUAACCUACUAUACACCAGAGCAACACCCACUCGCCCACCUUUUUUUAUUGUAAACAUUUUUAUAAGCAUUUUAUUUUUUAUAUACAUUUUAUGAAUUAGGCUAUUUAUAUGUACCUACUAUAUUAUUAUAUUAUUUAU